UUGAAAGGACUUCAAGCAAAUUUUAAAUCGGAUUCCUUUCCUAAAAGUAUAAUUACAGAAAAGCCCUACGGAUUUUGAAUAAUUCUGGAAUCACCGCUCGGGUUUCCGAGAUCAGGAAAGUAAAGGCUGUGGCACUCUUCUCCCUCCAUACCCAUUUCAAAUUCUCUCGUCGGCGAACUGAAUCUCUCCGGUACCUGAAAUUCUCAAGCCGCGCCACCUUCGGAAGCAAAUUCAUUUAACGUUCCAUGGUUUAUGAUAUCGCUCUAUCAAGGAUUUUGGGUUAAUUCGUUAAUCUUGUAAUAUGCCGAAGAAAAGAAGUCGAAAAGCUGUCAAGCCAAAGGUUGCUGAAACUGUCAAUGUCGGUAAAGAUGAGACUCUGGGUGAAAACCCAGAAAAAGAGCAAGAAUGUGAAUUCCAAAACCCAGAAGUUGAACGUCAAUGUGCUGCUAUUAGGGCCCUUCGUGAUGUGGAAAUUGCACAGCUCCAGACUAUGUUUCAGCUGCUCCGAUCAUAUCUUAGCAAGGAACAGCUGGAUAUUCCCCUUUUGCAAUUUUUUAAAGAAAAUCUUCCAAAUUUAAACAUUGUUAAAAAUGAGAAAGAUGGCAACUACGAAGCACAAAUUAAAAAAGAUCUGGGUCACUUACGCAUGCACCAGACUGAUGGAGACAAUUUUCAUUUGUCUCUUCUACAUCGGUUGUCCAUGGCUUACCCUGAUGUCUCCACUGCAGAACCCUCUCGUGGUGGCUUUGAGUUUUCCAAUCAAAGUGUGAAAACAAGCUUCUUCGGUGUCGAUGAUAUGCAGAUUAGAGGAUUCGACUUGGGAGAGCUAUCCGAUGCUCCAAACUUUGAGAUGCCGGACAAGUUUCAAACACCCGAUGUGAAUAACCAGAGACUCUCUGUAGGUGUGACACCCAAAACUAAAAGGCUUCCCAAGCAUGGAGAGGUGCUUUUAUCUGUCAGAGGCUCGCCUCUUGGUGUUUACAAGGAAGACAACAUGGAAGCAAUAGAUGAAGUUGAAGAUGGUUGAGCAGAUGCGCUGUUGUAUUUCUACCCUGUUGUGGAACUGACGUUUUGGUCAACUGAAUGUACACACAUUUGUGAUCGAUUCAACUCAAAGUUGGCAGCUCUUGAAGUCGGCAUGAACUAAUUGAUUUCAUGCCAGAAAGUCCUUAACCUAGCUUAGAAGGAGUAAAUAUGUAGCUUCUAUAGCUUUGUAGCAAAGAAUAAAAAAAGUUACGUAUCAUGCUGAGUUGUAAUUUCACUUCCAAGAAGUUUCAUCUUUACAAUUAACGUUGUUGAUUCAGCUUCUAAACGAUUUAAUGAUAAGGGGAUCAGGUGCAUCUGCCCUCACUCAUGUCUCGAGUACCAACGAACUCGUGAUGUAAAGACCAAAAGCAAUAAAAGCAGAAAUGAGGGUGAAUUUGGGGGGGCAUUCUUCCUUCAUCACCUCUCAACACCAUGGCGUCAUAAAUCGGCAAGCAAUUCAGGACUCCAAAACCAGCAAUAAACAGUUGGAGAAACAAGUCUUCCAAGUUGAACACCCGGAAACCUCCACCACCUUUCAACUGUGGAUUUGGCGAAAAUGUAGUCUAGAAAAUGUUGCAAAUAUCCUCCCAAGAACAAGAAGGAAUGCAACAAAAACCAUGGAUCAGAGACCUGUGAGAUCAUCAUAUGAAACAAGAGGUAAACAUUUUGUGGGGUUUAUCAACAUGCAGACACACACAUCACAUCGCAUGCAAACUAAUCUCGAUUCUCUUCGAGUGUGAUUUAUAACAGUUACAUCUUAUCCAAUUAACUAAGACUUUUUUAUUGUGGGACCGGAAGAGUAGUACUCUAUAUAAAAAUGAAAUGAUGAAAAGUGACCUGGAUGACGGAGGGAUGUUGUUGACGAAUGAAAGGACCUUGUUUCCAUUUGCUAAAUGCUUCAACCUCCAUUGAUGUCUUCAUCUGUCACCUUCCCUUUCUCCACCCCACUUUCUAUAUUUUCCUUCAUGUUUUCGUACAUAUUCUGAUCAGAUGCACCAAAUGCAAUUAAAAGUUAAAUGAUAUUUUAAAAAUAAAUAAAUAAAUAAUAUAUAAUCAUUUUCAUCUUAAUUCAUAACCACCCCCACCCAACCCUCCCAUUCCUGAAACCCGAAAACCUAAAACCUCCGAUUGGAAGUUUACUUUAAUAUGUCGAGCCUCCUCAGAAGUUGGAGAGUAAUUAGUGGAGUUGAAAUAAACACGAGAGCAUCUAUCCACAAUGUUAUUCCGCUUGCAAAAGGAUCGUGUUGGUCACGCGACUCGGCCGGAAAGCGGCCCACAUGAAAGCAAGGACGAGGUCGGCGAUGAGCAUGGAAAUGGAGAUGGCGAUGGACGGCUAGGAUUUGGGAUGUUGGUUCGGCAAGAUGUCAACGACAUGGUGAUAAAGUAGGGCUAAGAUGGCUACUGAGUACACGGCGGCAAAUGCACGGUUGAAAUGCGUGCGGCGGAGCUGCCUUUGACCGUGGAGUUGGUGCUGGUGUUUCCCGGCGGGUGCGGUGGUAGUCAUCGCCUUUUUGAGUUCUUUGAAGCAAGUGGACGAUUUACUUACUACUCCAUUAAUUUUGUGGUUUGUACACUUUCCUAGUAUUGUAUUUAAUUACGUUGGAGUAUUUUCUUCCUUUCCAAAGAUUCCUCCAAUGUGAUUACCAAACUCAGCGCUUGAAAUAUCAUAUUCGGUCCUAGAAAAAUAUUCUUAUAGUAAAACUAAGACUAAAAUGUCC